AUGGCCACCAACCAGCGAUGCAUUGUUGUGCCAUGCUACGGGCUUUAUUUGCUUCGGAUCCAGUGCUCGGAGUUGGUGAGCGGGAUAUUCAUCGGCUGCAGCACGUUCACAACAUUGGGAGCUUUCGCCCAGGGGGUUCAAUGGGGGUCUGAGACAGCUUUAGCAACCGCGAUAGCAGACGAGGCGGACACAGAUGUGAACUCGUCGGGAGUGAUCAGCUUCAAGGCGCUAGCCAUACUGGCGUGGAUACUGUUCGCGAUGCAGCUGUUCACGACGUACUGGUGUUGCAAGGCUAGAGAUGUGCUGCUCGAAGUAUCGUGGUCUGCGGGCCACGACUACACACAACUACCCACCCGAGCGGGGCUUCACGGGAAUGGAAACAAAUUUUCGUCAUAUCAGCAAGCGAUGGAUGACGAAGACCUGGAGGCUGCGGCAAACGGGGACCCGGGGGCAUCGUUAGCGCACUACUUGUGACGCAUCAUUUGCCACGGUUGGUUAAAUAUUGUGAAGAAAAAGCAUCGCCGCAUUUUUUUUUCAGGAAAGUAGUUCUGUUGUGUCAUAUGUUGUCCUCUACGAAGAUUUCACAUGUUUGUUUUCUUGAGGCCUGCUAUUUCGGCUCGGAACAUUUUUUCUUACGCGGAAAAAAGGGAGGGGGGGGUGAGCGCCACCAUCAAGAAGCAUACGCUAGCAGUGCCGGUAAACCCAGGCAGAGCAAAAUGCACGACCACUUAGUUGGUAGGAUUGCGCCUUGCGUUGGAGUUGGUCAAGUCCAACAACGCAUGGGGUCCUUCAGUGGCAAGAAGCAUAAACGGGGAAGAGAGAAGAGGAGUCUCAUUUAUGCGCCCUAGUUGUGUGCGAUUGAUGGUCACAUCUCUCUUGGAUGAUUUCGACCUCUUCGCGUGCUAAUAAUAAUAACCUUUCGCUAAGUUUUAAUGCCAAGAUACUGGUAUUUGCUAUUGAGAGGGCUGGAUCCGUGUGUUACCAUCCUGAGUUCAACCUCGCAGAAUCGGAAGUAGUUGGGCUGUAGGCUUAGGACGCGCUUGAAGCAGGUUGAUGUGCACUGUACGUACAUGCCGCGAGAAACGACCAUUUUGUUGUUACUAAGCUUAAAGACCAAGGAACCCAUGUCGAUCUGAUCGAAUUGUUGCUGUCGCCCUCCUCAGACAGCCGUCCGUGCCGAUUGUUGUUGUUGCUGAUUGUCGCGGGUCGCACGCCUGCCGGGGGGUUGCUAUCAACCAGCAUCGUUUGAGUGUUUGUUUUCGUUGUGUGUGCUCGUUUGUUGCUAAAGAUGGUAAAGUAGCUACUACUGUAGCUGCUGUUAUAGUGGAACAGAAUUCGGUGUAGACAAGAUUUGCACGUGUGAGUUUUCAGUAGCAUAACUUGGUCCGAUGUUCACUUGACGUCAGCUGGGCAGGUGUUGGACAAAAUGCGUGCGUGUGGGCUCGCGUAUCACAACAGUACAUGCAUAUUCCACGCUGUAGAAUUGGUUUUGGUGCCCUCAUUCACGACCGAAUGAAUGUGUUUCGACCUCCCGGACUUAAUUUUGGAAGUCUGUCGCUUGUGCCGUUGGUUGCGUGUCGGGGCUGGGCGGCGGGCGCAUCCCGCAACUCUAGGACGAUGCCUGCAGUGUGUGCGAGUCAGUUUUUUUUUUUAGGGGGGGGCGCCGAUUUUUUUUCAGAGUGACUUGGUUAAAAGAGUGAGCGGCCUUGGGGUCGUUUCUCCGUCCCUCAAUUGACACAAGCAUGUCAGAACAACCCCGCUGUGCAUCGGACAAUAGUGGUGUGCAUAGCAGCAGUUGUGAGGGUCUUCACAGCAGUUAGUUGUGAGUUUUUUUUUUUCCCCUCUUGAUUUGACGAGAAACAAUCACUGCGUCGUCGGCGUCAUGUCAUACGUCCUAUCUCACUUCUCUAUGAUCCUUUCUCUUGCCGUAGCCGUGAUGCUAUUGUCCAGUGUGUGUUGAUUUUAUCGUUGACCCUGCGUAGGUCUCACGGGGAGCCUAUGCAUAUGACGCUCGGUCGCGCCUUCUAGUCUCCUCAUCCGUAACUGCCGCACAUUCCCAACACGUACAGCAGCACGUGAUGAAAUUUUGAUCGUUCACCCGAGAUUAAGAGUCAUGAACGAUGUGUGUGGGGCUCUUGCUCUCGUGAAUCCUGUUACUUGAGGAUCAAAAUGAAAAGAGGUGUUGAAGUGAUGAGAUGUUUUUGCCCUCC